CUCUUCUUCUUCGUUGCUCGCUCGCUCGCUUGGGUGAUACAAGUCUAGAGAGAUUGGAUCUGCAGAGUUACCUUACGUGCCAAUGUCUCGCUACCAGUCUCCUUCCUUUGAUGACGGCGAGGUUAAUCCUUUUGCGAAUCCUGGAACUGUUCCAGCCGCAACGCCAAAGCUUUCCCCUCUUCCCCCUGAGCCGUAUGACCGCGGUGCCACAGUUGAUAUUCCUCUAGACUCUGGAAAGGAUCUUAAAGCUAAAGAGAAGCAACUCCGGGAAAAGGAGGCUGAAUUGAACCGGCGGGAGCAGGAACUCAAGCGGAAAGAAGAUGCUAUAGCACAGGCCGGAAUUGUGAUCGAAGAGAAAAACUGGCCGCCGUUUUUUCCUCUCAUCCAUCAUGACAUUUCAAAUGAGAUACCCAUCCAUCUGCAGAGAAUCCAAUAUGUUGCUUUCACAUCAAUGCUGGGUCUUGUGGUGUGCCUGCUAUGGAACAUUGUUGCAGUUACCACCGCGUGGAUUAAGGGAGAAGGUCCGACAAUAUGGUUUCUAGCUAUUAUCUAUUUCAUAUCGGGGGUUCCUGGAGCUUAUGUUAUGUGGUAUCGCCCUCUUUAUCGUGCCAUGAGGACUGAUAGUGCUCUGAAGUUUGGGUGGUUUUUCUUCACGUAUUUGUUUCACAUAGGGUUUUGUGUGUUUGCGGCGGUGGCUCCUCCAAUUAUCUUCAAGGGAAAAUCUCUGACAGGAAUAUUGCCGGCUAUCGACGUAUUAAGUGGGAAUAUCUUGGUCGGGAUAUUCUACUUCAUUGGGUUUGGGUUCUUCUGUCUGGAGUCACUCGUGAGCAUCUGGGUUAUUCAGCAAGUGUACAUGUACUUCAGGGGGAGCGGGAAAGCAGCAGAGAUGAAGCAAGAGGCUACAAGACGAGCAAUGAUGGCAGCUCUCUGACCAGUGACCACAUUCACACAUUUAACCCAUCUCCCAUUUUUCCCCAAUUUAACAUACAAACAGUAAACUUUUCAGAUCCUCUCCUCUUCCAAGGGGGAUUUACUUACUCCGCCACUCACUUCUCCUUUGUUUUCCUCGGAUUUCAUUUAACUAUCCAUCUUUUCAUAUUGUACUUAAAACCUUUCA